AUCAUUGUUGUCAACGCGUUGUUAUGGAGUCCGGGAUCAGUUCGAAUCCUCCGCUGCUCGUUUCAGCUGCAGCUCGAUGAACGCAACUGAACCGUGGUUCACAGUGUAAAAAUGUCUUCCAGAGAACGAGUGGACUUUCUGCGAGAGCGUAACAGAGAUCUACUGAAGCGGCUGAAGCAGCAGAGCGAGAAACUGGAGCGUGUGAGCGGCUGCAGCCGAAAGAGGGACCGAGAGGACGAGGCUGAGGAGAGGACACAGACCGGAGAGACGGUGCCUGGGGCCGAUGGAGGCCGAGGUCCCGCCCUCACCAGACCCGCCGUGAGAUUUGCUGAGUCUCUAUCAGAUACACGUGAGAGACAAGCAGGCAUCGAGCAGCACUCCCUUGUUUCCGCACCAUCGCAGACCGCUCAAUGUACGGACUCAUCAGACAUUCUGGAUGUCAGUGAACAACAUCUUCAAAUCCAGGACAGGCUGCAGGACACAACAUCACACAUUACCAAGUCCUGUUUAGUGAAGAAUCGUAAAGAAGAGAGGGAGGAGGAGCGGAGCCAUGUCACAUUUCAUUCUGACGAAUGUGUAGAGAUCCCUGUGCCUGAUCGCCAUCAUUUGCAGCCCUUACUUGGAUAUGACUGGAUUGCAGGAGUCCUUGAUGCUGAGGACACCUUUGUGGAGCGCUCUGAUGAAUUCUUCAAUGAUCUCCGCAAUUUCCGAUCGCUCCACAAGGAUGAGUGUGUCCACAGCCCACAAGCAGACUCUCUUUCUAGAUUAUCUGUGGAGAACCAUUCAGGGCUGACGCUGCUAACAGACAAGGAUGACACAGAAGCCAACACAGACACUCAUAAAUGUACAUUCUCUUAUAGGAUUAACAGUAGACUGUUCCCUGUACCGCUUCACCAUCAGGAGCACUGUCCUGUCUGCAGAAAGCACAAGUCCUCCCACCCUCACACUACUGCUGAUCCAGCUCUUAUCAGGGUCAGCAUCCCCCGCUCCACUCUCUUGCCACCUUACAAGUACAAAGCCCACCGGCGAUGUAGCUUUGACUCUUCUGAUAGUUUGGGGUUACCAUCGCACUGUCUCUCAGGCUGGUCACACACAGGUCAGAGCACCCUGCCACCACCCAGCAGCCUUGAUCUGCGGAGCAGUUUGAAUGCAAAGAACUCAGCAAAGUUGCAGAACAGUGAACAUGAGAAUCUCUCUGUGCCUGUGAACCAGAUCUCUGACCAGAUAUCAAAUGUGUCAAAGUUGGCACGUCACAACUUACAACACUUCUCUCCCAGGAAAAAAAUAGGAAGCACAUCGUACCCAGGGUGCUGAGGAUCCAAAUUAGUUUUUAAGUCAUUGUUUUACUGUGAGCCAUUUGACACCAUCCAAGAUCAUUCCCCAUAUACUGUAUAUAAUGAUGGACAAAAUGACGGCUCCCCAAAAAAGGAAGCCAAAGCAUCUUGAUCACCUGGUGACUGGCUGCAGUAUAAAUCAGAAACCCAGCCCUAUCCAUGUUAGUGGAUGGGACAUGGACCAAACUGGUACAUGUCAAAUAAAAUGUCAAAAGUAGUUCCUAUCACACCAAUGUUUGGUCAAGCGGUCAUUUGUCCAAUAAGUUUGGCUUUAAUGAGUUAUUUGAAGCUAUAAAAAGAGGAUGUAGGGACAUGUGUUUUUUUUUGAAUACAGCCUAUAAUCUGUUUGUCUUUUAUUGUAAACAAAGCUUUUCAAUAAUGCCUUUCUGUUACAGUUCUAGUGAUUGUGUUUACUUAGAUGACAAAAAACAUUGGUCCUAAAGAUUACUUAAUAAUUUGACAGAGCAGCAUAUUUAAUGAUGAAAGGAGUUAACUUUUAGUUCUUAUUUUUUUCCAAACAGAUUUAAUUGUGAAGCAAGAGGUGUUAUGCUAAAGUUGAAAGAGAACUGUUAUCCACAUAAAGAU